AUGACAACAGGGAUUCUUUUCGAUGAUAGUUUUCUGGUGAAGGACGUUGACCCGGAUGGAAAGAAAUUUGAUCGUGUAUCGCGUCUUUUUUGUGAUUCUGAGUCUUUCAAGAUGGAAUUGAUAUUGGACGUUAACACGCAGCUAUAUCCGAUGAAUUUGAACGAUAAAUUUCGUUUAAUGCUCGCUACAACAUUGCGUGAUGAUGGCCUCUCUGAUGAACCAGAAUAUGACCCUUUGGUUCAUUACGCACGCGUUGAUCAAUUCGAAUACGUGAUGUUUGGUAAAGUUUAUCGAAUUGAGGGCGAAGAAACCAGUAAUGCGCUGUCUGAAUCAAACACUUCUGCUGCUUACGCAUCUUUUGGAGGUUUGCUGAUGCGUUUGAAAGGUGAUGCGAAUAAUUUGCACGGCUUCGUUCUUGAUUCCAAUAUUUAUCUUUUGAUGAAGAAACUUGUUUUUUGA